ACAUUCUGUGGCUCUGAGAACGGGCUGCGUACCGUCACCUUUUAUAAAUCAAAUUAAGUGUACGGCAGUUAAGCGAUCUGGGUUUUUUCGAUGUUCGUUUAAAACAUUAGCAAACAGCUGAUUAGAAGAAUCUAUCAGCGUAAAUGGGCCAUGUUUAUACAGAGGAUUCUGAAUAAUUUAAAUCGUUGUCAUUGCGGUGAAGAAUUUCUGCAGGACCUGCACGUCCUUUAAGCACAGAGGAGGUAAACAGUCUGUGCAGAUCGUGGGAACAGUUUACCUCCAGUGUGAGACGCAGGCCUGUCCAGGAUGAAAAGCACCCGGGUUGUGGUGGUCGGAGGAGGUGUGGUCGGUUUCUCCACUGCUGUCUGCAUCGCUGAGGCUCUGCCUUCCUGUUCUGUCACUCUGCUGGCGGAGAAGUUCAGUCCAGACACCACCAGCGAUGGAGCUGCUGGGCUCAUGUUUGCUGCAAAGUUUCCAGAUAUUCCCGUGGAGAGACAAAGACGCUGGUUCAAGAACAGCUUUGAUCACCUGCUGGCUCUUGCUACAUCCCAACACUCACCAGAUGCUGGAGUCAUGCUGAGCUCUGGCUGGCAAAUUUUCAAGGACGUUCCAGCCGAUAAGAAGCCCUUCUGGUCAGAUUUUGUGAUCAGCUUCAGAUUCAUGACUGACGCUGAACUGAAAAUGUUUCCAGAUCACAAGUUUGGCCAUGCGUUCACCACCAUUAAAUGUGAAUGUCCCAGCUACCUGCCAUGGCUCGAGAACAGGUUCAGAGAAGCUGGCGGUCAGAUGGAACAGAGGAAGGUCAACAGUCUUCAGGAAUUAAGCAGCAGCUUUGACCUCAUAGUCAACUGCUCCGGCCUGGGCUCUAGAACGCUGGUGGGUGACAACGACAUCUACCCCAUCAGAGGUCAGGUCCUCAAGGUGGAGGCCCCCUGGCUUAAGCACUUCAUCCGAGCUGGAGAUGGAAUGACCUACAUCUACCCCGGCAUAGACGCCGUCACCAUAGGCGGCACGAGGCAGGAGGGGGACUGGCGGCUACAAGUGGACGAAGGCGACACGGAGAGCAUCCUGGAGCGCUGCAGCAGGCUGGAGCCGUCCAUCAGCAAAGCCAAAGUUCUCAGCAAGUGGGUCGGUCUGAGGCCAACCAGGAGGAACCCGAGGGUGGAGAGGGAGGUGGUGCAGCUGCAGGGUCGCAGGGUGCCUGUGGUACACAACUACGGCCACGGAGCAUGGGGAGUCACCAUCGCCUGGGGUACCGCCGUGGACGCACUGGGGCUGGUCAGGAAGUGCCUUCGUGAUCUGCCACAAAAGGCUAAACUGUGAAGUCAGUCUGCCACUAGAUCCUGAUUUAACUCCGUCCUGAUGACACUGACCUUCAAAUAAUAAGACGUACUUGCCGGGAGAUUUGAAUCACUAAUAGACGACAAAGAACGAAGAACAAUUCAAAACUUAAAUCUUGAGAAUUUGUAGUAGCUUUGACAUUUAAAACAUUUGGAUAUGAGGAAAUUCUUUAUGUGAAAAUAAUAUAUUUUGGUGAAUAAUUUUUGUGUGAUGAAUUGUGGCUGGUUUUGAGAGAAUAUCAUACUAUUAUGCUUUUUAAAUUUCUGCUACGAGGUGCCAAUGAGAGCUGCCUCUGUGGUCAGAGAGAUGAACUUAAGUCACACAUAUAAACAUUUAUUGUUGUGACUAAAAGCCUUGUUAGAAUUUUUAUAGUGUGUAUAUAAAAAUAAAUCUUUAUUAAUUUAAUUAAUGAAAAGGAAAGUACUGUACUUAACUACUGAUGUGAAAUGAAUGAUUCAUGUUUGUGUCUCAGACAAAUUCAUGCUGGGUGGAGUGAAACUGUUCAGCUGCUAAUUUGCUAAACUUUGUCAACACUACAUAAAACUGGGUUUCUUAAGUUAUACCUCUGUGCCUCAGAAUUACUGACGAUUUACUGUAUCAGCCACAUUUAUUCUGUUCACUGUUCAGGAGGUUUUUAAAAGAAAAGUAUCUAAAAGAAAAAAGGAAUCAAGCUCACCUGGGUGAAAACAAACAAUCCGGUCCUUCUCGUUAGUUGGCUCUGUUUGUUUACAAUCCUCUACAUACCUAGUUGAGGAAUCACCAAAAGCAAGAGUCCAUUAAAGUUAAUUUCCCUUCCAACACAGGCUGCCUAAUUAACUAACAGGUGGCAACAAGACAGAACAGGGCUGAGAGGGAGACACUGUAAGACACACUGAGAGUAUAUUUGAAGGCUGUUGUAUUUUAAAACCCUCCAACAAUCCUGCACGUCUUUGGACUGUGGGAGGAAGCUGGAGUACCCAGAUCAGAUGUAGUAGAACAUCCUGAUAUUUCUGGCAUACUGCAUUUGACAUAUGAAGUAUUAGGUCAUACUAAAUCUUUUUCUGGCACACUAUAUAGUAUGGUAGUAUGGUUACUGGAACAAACAGCCAAUCAGGCUCAUUUAAGGUAAUAAAAACACAGUGAUUUUUAUUUUCAGGUGAUUUUUACAACAAAGAAAACAUAUUUAUUAUAAUUACAUUCUGUUACUCCAAAUAUAACCUCCUAAAUCCUGCACACUGGACCUUUAAUAUAGUCAAUUUAUAAUAAUAUGCACUUUGUUAACUGAGGCUUUGUUUGAUGGGAAAUAAAUGGCGACUCACUGCCGAGCG